CCUCCUCAUCUCCCUCCCCUUGCUGCUGCUGCUCCUGCGAGGAGCCCCGACUCGAGGCCCGGGGGGUCACCUUCCUGCCCCGAGAGCCGAGGCCGCCGUCGCCCCCUCCCGCCUGCUGCCCUCGCACACCCGGCCACACACCAUGUCGCGACACAGCCGCCUGCAGAAGCAGGUGCUGGGCCUGUACAAGCAACUGUUACGCGCGGCCCAUGACAAGCCAGGCUUCACCCCGCACAUCCGCGCCGAGUUCCGCCGCAACGCCGCCUUUCCUCGCUCGGACGUUAUGCGCAUUGAGAUGAUGAUGCGGCGAGCACAGCGCCAGCUGGAACAGCUGCGCGACCCCAGCACCCGCCAGAUGGGUGCCUUCAGCAGCACGGAGCCACCGGGGGAGCGGGCAUGAUGGCGCCACGGCCGGCAGCAUCCCAAGUGCAUGAGCGACUCAACCAGCUACUCAACAUGGGACCAAUACUGCCCAUGUGGAUCAGCCAGGGUUCAUGGUGCGUUUGGCGACUUGGGAAUGACUGACGUAGACUGUGGAGUCCUGGGUAAUGGCUGGUGUCUCCAAGAUAAAAGGAAUUAAAGAUUUGGUGUUUUGUGAAUGUGUUUGGAACUUGCGUCGUGAUGUUGAGCUUGUUAAACAGCAACCAACCACAGCAAAGUGUCCAUAAUGGACAGGGCUUAGUUGAACACAGUUGCUGAGGCACAUGGCUCGGAGCCUGAUACGUCAAGCAGCCAGCAACAAUCACUCCCAUCACAAUAAUAACAAAAAGUUAACGUUUCUUUAAUUCAGCAAGGUUAUAAGUGCUUACGAAAAGAGAUGGCAGGGAAUGAUAUGGCUGCGGCUACGUGCCAAGUUCAGCUGACCAGAACCCCAGAAUAUUCGGUGAUCGAUUAAUCUUUGGUUGACUCGCACAGGCUGCCUUCUUGGGCUCAUGGUCCACAUGUGGUUGACAUCACUGUCUUGCACAAUGCAACUCAAUACCAGUGCCUGAAAUAUUGUACACGUUGCACACUCUUGACAUGUGAAGUGUGGGUAUAAUGCUGCUGCCUGCUUCAGGUUACACAGUUUACCCCACCCUAGUCCACUUGGCCACCGUGUGUCGCAGUUAUGUGCGGGGCCCUCUCUGGUGCUUUCCAUAACUUAGUAUCGCACACACAGGAUAAGCUGUAUAUAUAUUUGUAUAGUCACUAAAUGACGGACAUCACAACCAUGCAUAAAGGAGUACACGCUGUUUCAUGUU